AUGAGAAGGCAGAGCUCUGAGCGGGAGCAGGAGGAUAUUGAAUUACAAAGAGAAGAGGUUGACGGGGAGGAAAGGGAGGCUGAUCACAAUGAGCCUCUAAAUUCACAAGCGGCUGCGACACAAAAGAACAGAGAUCACUGGAAAUCGUGCAGCAAUGUCGUUUUCUGGAAAUGUAAACUAUGGAUGCUCAUAGCCACAAUUUUCAUAGUGCUCCUCCUGGUAAUUCUUAUCAGCCUAGUUCUCUAUUCUAAUAUUUAUACAGAUGAAGAUGACUAUUGGGAUCCUGAUGCAAUACUACACAGUGGAAACUACCGUAGUUUUUCUGGAAAAUUCAGUUUGAAGUGUGGUCUUCCAUACACUUUCUCUGAAGACAUCACUAAGAGGUUAACAGAAGUCUAUAGUUCGUCUCCUGCUUUAGGACGCUACUUUAGGUCAGCUCAAGUGAUGAAUUUCAGUAAUGAAAGUGCUACUGUAUUUUAUCAGCUGGAGUUCUCUGUACCACCAUCAACAGAGGGGUUUAUGGAAAAUGUAAUGAAUCCAGASUUUAUAAGGAACAUUUUGCGUCAAAAUAUUUAUGAUGAAGAAGAUACUGUUCAUCAUGGGACAACUGAAUGUACAAAGCUAAAGCUUGAUCCAGCUUCUCUUACAUUAACAUAGGAAUGAUGGAAAGACUCCUCUUCUCCCUUGAAUGCUUGAGAAUGCCUUCACAGGUCUACCAGUAAUGUAAAGGGUUAGGAGCUAUUCAUUACACAGAAACACUUCUAAUGAUGUUGAUGCUCUGUAAAUUCUGUGUGAUGCAGUAUGGUAAGCUGAAAAUGUGGUAUAUUUAUAACAGUGUUGUAGAACUAUAACAUUACUACCUCCUUGACUACCAUUGUCCUGAUAUAUCAAUAACCUGUUUUGACUUGCUUUUGUGAAAAUCAUGUGUCAUGCUUGGUACAUGCUCCAUUGACUUUGACUUGUGUUAUGAAUUAGUUYUGCAUUCCUUGCACUUGCUUUAAGAGCAUUCUUGCAUGCCUUUCCAUUCUGUUCUUUCUUUAUYCAAAGUUAGCUGCACUGCUUUAUCCUUCAUACUCAUAUCCACCUAUCCUCAGGUCAGUGGUGUUUUUCCCUUUGUUUUUUCCUGUCAGAGCAAUGUGGGAACUUAAAUGCCUCUUUUAUUUUCCUUAGUUACAUGGAAGCCCUUUGCACUAUCUUCUUAAGUGAACUGGGAAACUCACCAUCCCCUUGUUCACCAUACAUA